ACGUUGUACCAGAGGAUGGUCCUGGCGGAGCAGAAUCUGAUAAGUGAGCUGCAUCCCUACCAGGAGAGGGUGUUCCUCUUUGUGGAUCCCGAGCUGGUCCCCGCCUCCGUGUGCAGUGCGCUGCUGCUGGAGAUCCAAGCCGCGGAGGCGCAGCAGACCCCGGAGGCGUGCAUGCGCCACGUGGUGUCCCACGCCCUGCAGGCGGCUCUCGGGGACGCCUGCCAGGCAGCCACGGUGCACAAGAAGCUGCAGGCCAGCCCCCGCCGCACCCUGGAGCUGUAUUUCCACGCCGUGGUGGCCGCAGUGGAGCACAUGGCCAAUGAGCCCAGCCCUAACCGCGCGGGUCACCAGGAGAGACUGGAAGAGAUUUACUGCUCGCUUCUGGGGCCCCUCGCGGCCUCGAGGGGAGGGGGUGACCCUCCCCCAGACCGGCCACCAAGCAUCCCCCUGCCCAGUCCUCACAUCACCUUCCAUCUGUGGAGAGACGAGGAACAGCUCUGGAAGGAGCUGGUGCUCUUUCUGCGCCCUUUGUCCCACCUCCACCUCAGCGCCGACCUGGAAGCCUUGGAUCUGCAGGGCCUACCUCCAGACCGGGAGCUGGCCCGGGUGUCCAUGCUGUCCACGGACAGCGGCAUCGAGAGGGACCUUCCUUCGGGGCCCGAUGAGCUGCCUGCACCCAGCAGCCCUGAGACGGAGCGGGCCGGGCUGCAGCGCAAAGGGGGCAUCAAGAAGCGGACAUGGCUGCCUGGCCUCCUGCUGCCAGGCAGCUGGCUCGGGGCCCCGGAGCUGCACCGGAGGACUGGUGGGCCCGGCGGGGACGGGGAGCUGCUGCCUGGAAUCUCCCGGGUGCACACGGCCCGGGUGCUGGUGCUGGGCGAUGACCGGAUGCUGGGGCGCCUGGCCCAGGCCUACUACACCCUCAGGAAACGAGAGACCCAGAAGUUUUGCCUCACGCCCAGGCUCAGCCUGCAGCUCUACUACAUCCCCGUGCUGGCCCCUGAGGGGUCCUCCGCCUCCAGGCAGCGGGAGCUGGGAGAGCUGGCCGCGUUCCUGGGCCGCGCAGACAGAUGGUACCACAACACGGUGAACACCCUGUGCCCCGCCAUCCACAAGCUGGCUGAGAUGCCUCCUUGCUGGGAUACAUCCCAGACUGUGGACCCCUUCAUCCUCGAUGCCAUGACCUACUAUAUCCGCAUGGGCACCCAGCCCAUCUAUUUCCAGAUCUACACUGUCAAGAUCUUCUUCAGUGACCUGAGCCGGGACCCUGCGGAGGAUGUCUUCCUCACAGAACUGAAGGCGAAGAUCCAAGACUCCAGAUUCCCCAAAGAUGGUUGUCCAGCCAAGAAGAGAGGUGUGGCCGAGGGCCAAGGCGCCGAACUCUCCAUCUGCUACCAGAAGGCCCUGCUCAGCCACCGGGCACGAGAGGUCACUGUCACCCUGCGGGCCACAGAGCUGGUCCUGAAGGCCAUUCCGGCCAGCAACACUGAAGUAUCAGGACCCACCCACCCGCCCCGCACUGCUGCUCCCGCGACAGACCACACGUGCCUGAAUGCCAGCGUGACCGAGGUGGUCAAAUCGUCCAACUUAGCAGGAAGGGCCUUCUCGACAGUGACAAACACCUUCCGGACAGCCAACAUCCGGAUCCAGAGCCAGGACCAGAAGCUGCUGACACUGUGGCUGGACAAAGACCAUCGGCGGACCUUCAAGGAUGUGGUCAGAUUCGAGGUUACUCCCUGCCCAGAGCCGUGUUCUGGGACCCAUAAGUCCAAGACACCGUGGCUGGGAUCACACCAACAGAAGCGGAUGGAAGCGGCCAAAGCCAGCCCCAAGCCUCUCCUGAUGCCCAUCAACACGUUCUCUGGUAUCGUCCAAUGAGCCCCACAGGCGGCCGAGGAGCAGGGGAUCUGAGAAGAAGGAUACACUAACGACCCCAUCACUAAUAGCCAGGGCAAGGCCAGCUCUCUGGACAGCUGCUGCCCCUGCGUGUGGGCUUCAGGGGGCCCGAAGCACAGGGAGCCUGGUCACAGGGUCCUUUGGGGAGAAGGACAUAAGGAGUGACCCAGGAGAGCUGCAGCCCCCCCUCACGAGAGAACACACACAAGGCCUGGCAUUGUUUAUUUUCAGUCCCCUCUUGUCCCACUCACGGUCUCCACCUGCCCAGCCCUUCCCUAAACCCUGGUUACAGCUGCUGUUCCAGCCCUGACUCAGGAGGAACCCGGAAGUAGUUCAAGGAACUGCACCUCCUCCCACUCUCCCAAGUUUGUUCCCCUCCCUCCCUUGGGUCACUGCCCACCCCACCCACUCCCACCCAGGGGUGAGGAGAA